GAGUUGAGACAUUUGGACUUGGCCAACAACCCAAACUGACUCUGAGGAGUUUUAACGGACCCAGCACUAGACGGACGAUCACUGCUGCCUGCUCUGUGUGUCAGAAUGGCAGGGAACUCCCUGGGACCUUCCUUUUUAUGUAGCUUGUGCAGUGCUAGUGUCUUUAUUGGAGGAUGCGCCUUUCUCUUCGUGAUAGCUUUCCCAGUUUUCCAGAUCGCCUUAGGUGUGGUCUACGUGUAUGAGUGUCCAGCUGCACCACUUAUCCCAGUGUAUGUGAUGCUGUGUGGGAUACUGGCCCUGCUGCUGAUGGUCCUGGUUGCGUUGCCAAAGUUCCUCUGUCCAACAGCACAAAGCAACACAGUCUGGACUGUGUUGCUCAUCAGUCUGAUCCUGUUUGUCCUGAUCUGGUUCUUCUUUGGCAGUUACCAGGUUUACUCUGUAUAUCCACCCAACUAUGACAAGAACAUCACAGACCCAAACACUGUCAACAACACGAUCUACUCUCCUACUGCACCUGCCAGCAAGCUCGGCCUCACCCUGGAGAACCAGAACCAGAGCCUUCCAAACUUUAACCAGUCCCACGUGAUCCACAACAACCAGAGUCUGAUGAAGCCGAUUUCAACUUUGGCUCCCCGUAACACGAGCAGUAAGACGAGCGGAGAGCACCUGAACGCCUCACAAGCACAACGUGUCAUGGCUGUGGUGCCUUACUGCAACAGGACCGUGUACCUGUUUGCUUUCUGGACCAACACGCUGGUCUAUGUGUUUGCAGGAAACGCUCUGGUAAUCUUCAUCUGUUUAUACGGUUGCAUGGCAGUUACAGAGAAGGUUGGAAAAUAUCUCUCUUAACCAUCACGUUACACCUGACCACAAACAGAACACAGGUCAUGUGUGAUGGUUGUGGGGCAGAGAAAACCAAAGCCUGUCAAAGGAUGCGUUAUGAUGCUUUGUUAUGAUGUUAUACUUCAAACACACUGAGAAGUAAAGAGAAAUAAGGUAUUUGCAGACUUCCUCUACAGAGGUGGCUCACAUAGGAUUAGGAAACAGAAAUUCUAUGUUGCUUCAGCACAUGAUGUAAGUGAUUUUUUCAUGUGGUACACACCAAUCUACCAGUCACUUUACCAUAUCAGGGGUGUUUGAUUAUGCAAGGGAACUUUGAGUAUUAGGCAAAGCAAGCUAUAGCCAGGGUUAUUACUAUUAACAGGAAAUCUCUGUACAUUAUUUUUCUUACAGCUUCACUGGAUGUUGAUGGCAUUUUUUAAAAUCCUUUGAUGACUUAAUCUGUAAAUACAGUGUGAAAGUUACACUCAAGGGUUAUGAAAAGCGAUGUAAGGGAAUUUCACAGGUUUUAUUGAGAGCUGUAAUCUGUCCUCUUCUCAUAAUCCUGUUGCAACAUUGCAACAUCUGUGAUGUGAACGUGAGCAAUAGGAAAUAAGAAACUUUGAAGAGUUUACAUAAGUUAGACCUGGUAGCUUUCAUUCUUCUGAUUGUUAUAAUGAAAACAAACCUAUCACUUUCUUUUACAUUAUCCAGUCAGUGUCCUGAAUAUGAUGUUACGUGUUCAUGAUGUGAACUAAAUUAUACUAAAUGCAGCAUUUUCAUCAAAAGCACUUCACAGUUUUUCUCUCACUCAUGGUCUCAUUCAAAGUGCUGGUCAAACCAUCAGGAGCUAUUAGGCUUCGGUGUCUUCCUCAAGGACACUUCCACUCAUGGACAGGAGUAACUACUGUAGUUGAUAAAUGUAAUUUAAUAAUUUGGUUAUUUUAUAAAGAGUGUCACACUCACGCAUGCAGUGCUCCAACAGACGUCCCUCUUUUAGUUUAUUUCUUUUCAAAUGUGUCACUUAUUGUGUGUUCUUGUCAUUUUGCCAACAGUUUUUAAACUCUAAGGUGAAAACUGUUAUUCAAUAUAUCAAAAUAUCUUUUAAUUGUCUCUUGUAUAUUUAUAUUUGAUAUUUUUUGCUUUUGAUAUUUCUAUUUGCUUUUUUCUUCCUCCUGUUUCCAUCUGUUUUUACACAGGAUGUUCAUCAUGUCUUUGAUGGACCUUCAUUUUAGCACCUAGUAAAUAUAUCAUGCAUGGUAUUUGUUAGAAAAAUCCUAAAUCAGUUUAAUGAGGAGAGGUGGUAAAAUAAUGAUUGCACUGAUAAAAGGUAGAUGUGGUUAAUAUGAACAUUAGGAAGUAUUAGACCAGCGUGGCUGUAUUUAUGGAAAUGUGUUUUUUUGGAUUUUUGUUGUAUGGGAAAAUAUGAUAAGAAAAAAAUAAAAAAAUAAAUACAAGGUCACUCAAAAGCUACAUCCAACAUGAUAAUGCUCAUGACAUGAUGGAUUCAGCAUAAAUAAAAUCUAAUGUUCUCAGUGUUGGGGGCGUGGUCUGUUGUACACCUGUGUUCAAUUAGCUCAUUACCUUGACUGUUCAUGCUCAGAGGAAGGCCUGCGGCUGCAACAUGUCACCAGUGGUGUGUGAAUAAA